AAGGUCUAUUAAUCUUCCAAUCUUCGUCGUUCAAUAAAAGUCCUCUCUCUUUCGUCUUGGUUUUCAAAUCUCAGGCAGCCACCAUGGUUCUCUCCAAGACUGCUUCUGAAGCUGAUCUGUCUCUCCACUCCACUUUCGCCUCCCGAUAUGUUCGAACUUCACUUCCGAGAUUCAAGAUGCCGGAGAACUCGAUCCCGAAAGAAGCUGCGUACCAGAUCAUAAACGACGAGCUGAUGUUGGACGGAAAUCCGAGGUUGAACCUGGCGUCAUUUGUGACGACAUGGAUGGAACCGGAGUGCGAUAAGCUCAUGAUGGCCUCUAUUAACAAGAACUACGUUGACAUGGAUGAGUAUCCUGUCACCACCGAGUUACAGGUAAGUCUUCUUUCAAAUUUACAAAUACACAAUUCAGUUCAGAUUUACAUAUAAUUUAGCUGCAUUUUC